AUGGCUUCAUGGCUUCACCCCGAAAAGAAAAGUCACCAAAAUCAAGUUCCUCCUCUGCAGAAAAAAUCAAGGAUACCAGUCAGAAUGACUCGCCUGAGCAGAGAGAGUGACGGAGGAUCUUUGUCAGAGAACGAAGCCGCUAACAAAGCGCGGCUACAGAGAAUUUCAGUUAGCAAACUUCAAAACAAGCGGCCAUCGCGGAUUCCGAUUGUAGUGGAUGAGAGGAAGAACAACGUUAACACUAAAGGUAAUCUAACCAAGAAUGUCAAAACAACUCGAGGAGAAAUGCCUCUUGGAAAAAAUUCAGGUAUGUGUUUCAGCAUUUGGCUAGCUUCCCUUUUUCAUUCAUUGCAUAAAAACUGAAGAGAUCUUAGAAAACGGUUCAAGUGAAAGGCUGGAAUUAUAGUAAAUCGACUGUAUUACACCAUACGCUGUAGGCGAGAUGCGCAGUAGUUGAGAUCGGUUGGAUUAAAUGUUUACGGUAACCAUUUCAUACAGGACUGAAAAAGAAUGACUUUAUUCCAAUGUUCUUCGAUUUAUUAAACUUGAUGAGUAAGACUUGUUUAUAACUUGUGUCCUUCAUUGUACAAAAGAUUGUUAUGAAUGAUCUCUUUUUCACCACUUUUCUAUUCAUUUGUUCAUUUAGCUCUUAAUUUCAUAUCUAUUCUGUUAUUUUCAUUUAUUUGCUUUCACUUCGGUUUCCUGGAUAAAAGCAUUUUUCAAGUCGUUGAGAUUUUGACCCGAAACUGGAGAGAGGCCGCUAUAGGCCGCUCACAGAAGUCAUCUGCCAUCUCCUUAAAUUCAAGCCGUUACCUAGUUGAUGCUCAUUUGCACAGACUAGGGGCAGGUUUGUGCAGUAACAGCUCCACGACUUUUUCUAAGGAAAUUAUAUGAGUCUCUGAUUUUUCUAAGGGGUCACUAAUUGGCAAUUUUGAUUUAGUCACAGGUAUUAACCUUCAAGAAACUCAAGAAAAACACGGCAAGAACAGAGCAAUCUCCAUUAUUUCAACUACGGCUAAAUAUGGCAGUUAUAGGCGCGUUAAGAAAACGACGCCAAACGUUAGGCGACGUGUACCACGACAACUUACACCCAUAGAAACAGAGCCGAAACAGGUAACUUUGAAUAACAUCUAUUAUUUGAAGCGAUUCUGCGAAUCCAGAAAUUAAGUUUCUGAGAGGAGAAGCAACUUAGUCGUAAACGGAAUCACGCAUUCUAAUCGCGACUUGUCACUCGUGGUGAUCAUGAUUUCUGGCUUCGUUUUUGCCCGUUUUCCCUAUCAUAGUGAUAUUCAACAACUCCAAGGAAAACAACGCAUUUUAUUCUUAAUUAAACAGGUCUGUAACGAUGAGAAAGAACCACGUGAAGAAGGCUCGGCUAAUGAGGUAUCAUCCUCAGCCAGAACUGUAGAAGUAACGCCAGACUUUGAGUGUAACGUUGCACCUGUGCGCGGGGAAGAGCUCCAUAUGGGAACUGAAGCAGAUUUCAGUGACAGUGGGUUUGGCUACGACUUUGAGAGUCAGUCAAAAUCUUCAGACAAGAAGGCAAUUCCCAAUGUGGGAAUUUCAUAUCUGAGGCCAGUGGGGUAGGGUAUAAACAUGUUACAAUUUAAACAAUAAAAAAUUAAGAAAAAAACAAGUACCGGUAAUAGUAGCAGGCAGUGCACAGAUAUCUUUCAGUCCAUCUAUUGUUCUAAGAAGGUUUUUUUUCCUAAGCUUUUCUUUUGCAUUUGCUGCAUUGCAAUCUACCUGUGAGAUCACUUGAUCGCUUAUGACCCAAAGGUCGUUUCUUAUUUCAAAUUGUUUCGAUAUACUUUACGUACUACUACUAUAUGUAGUUCCAGAACUACCAAGAAUUGAAGCGCAAAAGUUAUUUGCGUCUUAAUACUCUAUUUUUCAAGGUAUCAGGAAAAUUGGCAGUGGUUGGCUGCCAGAGAUCUUAUUUGGAUUAAAUGAUCUCAGAGCUUUCAAUCCGUAAAGAUUUUGCUCAGUUUUAAAUUUCUUCUAGGUAAUUUCCUGAGUUAACGAUUUUUGAUGAAGGGUAAUAUAUAAACUAAUGAGCAAGUUGUCGGGGAGGGGGGUUACCAUUAGAGAAUUCGAUGCAGUUGAUCGAUAUGAAUGCAUUUUUCGCAGGGAGAGAGAGGAAAUGGACGAUAACAUCGCGAAAGAUGACAACGCCGUUACAAGUGCGGCACAAAAUAUCAGACUUGAACCAGAGUUUGAAUUAGAUAGCAAAAUAGAUGCCGACGAAUGCAGCGACUUAACAGGAUACAAGCGAUCGGUUGCAGUAGUCAUAAACAUUUCUGGAUAUUUAUUCCAACAAGAGUUGUCCAAGGCUUUGGAAACUUCUAUACCUAACAGUAAAAAAGAGUCUGCAUCGCAAUCGGAAGAAAAGUUCACAGAAGAUGAACCAAAGCUCCACAAAGAAAACGUCGAAAUGGAAUUGAAAAAACUUAAAACGGAAAAUACCGAGCUCGAAACGCAAAUGAGCGUCAUGACUGAGGAGCUUGAGAAGUACCGAAAGAGGAUAGAAACUUUGCAGGCCGACCUGGAUGAGAGCAAAGUUGAAGUAAAGCGACUACAAUUUAAGGAAGAAUACAAAGAAAGAGAACUGGCAAAUUUAAAACGUGAUUUUCAGAGCAAGGAGCGAAAAUGGGAAGAAGGAAAUGAACACGUGGAAAAGGUUACGGCGGAAGUAAGAGAUCUAUGGGACGAUGUCGAUUACUUGGAGGAAAGCUUAAAGAACAGUCAAGAUAGGAACGAAGAUCUGACGUUUGAGGUUGAUGAGCUGACGAUAAUGAUGCAGGAAAUGAAGAGAGAAUAUCGGAUAGAACAUAGUCGCGGUGGAUGCGGACAUCUACGAGAGGAAGUAGAGUUACUGAACGGAUCCCUGGAAUUGAAGGAACAGCGAGUUGUUCUGUUAGAGAGCCAAAUUGACGCUUUUGAAGCAGAAAGAAAAGGAUUAUUGAAUAAUGUUGAUUACUUGGAGGAAAACUUAAAGAACAGUCAAGAAAGGAAUGAAAUUCUGACAUUUGAGGUUGAUGAGCUGACGAUAAUGAUGCAGGAAAUGAAGAGAGAAUAUCGGAUAGAACAUAGUCGCGGUGGAUGCGGACAUCUACGCGAGGAAGUAGAGUUACUGAACGGAUCCCUGGAAUUGAAGGAACAGCGAGUUGUUCUGUUAGAGAGCCAAAUUGACGCUUUUGAAGCAGAAAGAAAAGAACUAUUGAGUAAUGUUGAAUACUUGAAGGAAAGCUUAAAGAACAGUCAAGAAAGAAAUGAAGAUCUGACGUUUGAGGUUGAUGAGCUGACGAUAAUGAUGCAGGAAAUGAGGAGAGAAUAUCGGAUGGAACACUGUAGCGGUGGAUGCGGACACCUACGCGAGGAAGUAGAGUUACUAAAUGGGUCCCUAGAGCUGAAUGCACAGCGAAUAGUCAUGUUAGAGAGCCAGGUGGACGCGUUUAAAUCAGAACGCUCUAGCUUUACAAAUGCUGCACAGAGCAUGAAAAGAGAAAUGGAGUUUCUUAAUAACGAAAAGGCGAUGACGAAGACGCAGUUGCAUGAACUGAAACGUGAAACAUCAAAGAAUAUUAGCGAUCUUCAAGAUGAAAUUACAAAGUUACAAGAAGAAAAGUCCACCUCGUCCUCCGAAAUGCCAAAGGAAUCAGGAAAAGAUAACCAGUUGUGUGAGAUAACAUGUGAAAAAUCAUGGAUUACAAGAAAACUUGAAGAUCAUAUAACAAGAUUAAGAAGAGAGAACUGUUCUUUAACCGCAAGAGUUUCAAAGGCAUACGAAAAGGAUGUCCAGUUGAUUGAACUAAAAGAAAAAGUGGAACUAAAUAAGUAUCAGUUGAAAAGUUUGACUGAGGCGGCGAAGGCGUCUUUGAACAGCAAAGAGAAAGAAGUGGAGGAAGCUUACCGCGUCAUAAAGAAGCAAGACGAAACGAUCAAAAAUCUAAUCGAAGAGAUAAGGCAGGAAAGGUGUGACAGGGGCCGCCUCGAACUACAGUCUGAAAAAAUCAAAGAACUUGAAGCUCAAGUACAAAGAAUGGAGGGCAUAAAAAGAAACACACUUCACUCAGAGGAUGCCUUGGUGCUUGAAGUGAGAGAAGAAAGGUCAGAAAAAGAGCAUUUGAAAAAGGCUGUGGAAGCUAAAAAGUGUAGUUCUCAUACAGCGAAAGAGCUUUACAUGAGAAUUGGACAUCUAGAGAAUCAGCUACGCAAGAGGGAUGACCUAACAAAUGCUACUCUUACUUCUCUAAAAGAAAACAAGAGCUCACUAAAGAAAGCUAAUGCCACCAUCGAUUUGCUGACUGAACAGUUGGAACGGGAAAAGUCGGAUAAAGAAACUCUAAGAAGGGCUUUCGAAGUGUAUGAGAGCAACUCCCAUACCGGAAAAGAAAAGACUGAGAAAAUGGAAAAACUAGAGGAGCAGUUACAAGAGAUGGAUGAUCUACGAGAGAAGACUGUUAUGUCUCUUAAAGAGAAAGAAAGGUCAUUGAAGGAGGCUCGUGAUGAGAUCAAAGAGUUAACUCAACAAAUAGCACAUGAAAAGUCGGACAAAAAGUAUUUCAAGAAGAAGUUUAAGGCUAGUGAGGGCAUCGCUAGUAGACUGAAUCUCGUUCAAAAAGGGACUAAGAGACAUACACAGAAGAAGGGUUCUAUAACGGCACACGUGGGAAAAAGGCUGAAGAGCUUGGUACAUAGACAAACGGAAGUGAAAGGAAAAGAAGCCAAUACAGGGCGUGUGUCAGACAAAUUAAGGGAAGAUUUGAUUGAAAGAGGAGAAUCAAUGGAAGGUUUAAGAAGUAACUUUCAUCAUAGUGCGGAGGAAUUCUUGUCCAUGCGAAGGCAGCUUGAAGACAGUCAAUUUGAAAAUGCCGACCUCAAACAGCGUCUUGGAGACCAGGAUGACAAAGUUAAAACGCUUGAAAUAACUAUCAAAAAACUUGAGGAAGAUCUUCAUAAGACGCACGAAUACCUAGAUGAAAGAGAAGCCGGCCUUGAUGACGCGAAUGAAACAUUGCAAAUGAAAUGCUCGCUUCUCACAACCUUGGGAGCCAAAUUAUGUCUGAGGAGCAAAGAGUUGACUCAAGCAAACAAGGACAAAGGCUUAGAGAUAACUCGCAUUGAGACCACACUUAGAGAAGUGAAAAAAAAGUUAGACAUUGCUGUAUCCAUCAUCGAGAAGCAAAAUGAACAAUGUGCUAACCUUAAGACUUGUGCAAUGAGAAAAACCCGAGAUGCGGAAGAGAUGCAAGACGAAUUGAAACGCUUGUCAACUCAACUUGAAUGUGCCAGGAACGAGAAGGAAAACUUACAACGAGCAUUGUUAACUGCUACAGUGCCUCUCGAAAACAGGAGGUUCUUCGCAGAAAAAGAACAGAAGGCUCUACAAGUGAAAGUAAACUCUGGUUUGAAAGAAUUGAAUACCAAAAGUAAACAAUUUUGGGACAUGGAGAUGGACCUUCUGGAGGCUGCAGCUCGGGUCUCUGUACUUGGAGAUGAAAAACCAGAGCAAGAGGGAAACAUAGCAGCCUUUAAAGGAAAAGUAUCACGAGACCUUGACCUAUCAGAGGAGGGACAGUACGUGGAAAGUGAAAAGGAGAGUCCGCUCCUAUUGACAAUUGGCUCAGCAGAACAUGAGAUGGCUAAGCUGACAAAUGAGAAUCAUAGGCAGUUCGGCAAUGAGUUAUUGCACGAUGGGCUCGAAAACAAGUCUUCUGAGUCAACAAGUGAGGUGAGAUAAUUUCCUUGCAAAGUGCAAGAGCAAUGCGAAAGCGCGAGACGAUGGACACGGAAACCACAAUCAUUUGGGGCUGUCGCCUUCAAAUCUGUGCACUUUUGGAUUAAAUUGAUUUGUUGAAAUUUUGACAUGCAUAUACUCAAGCGUUAAUUGUUUUUUUUGCGCAUCUUCAGGAAGGAACGUUUAGCAUCCUGGAAACCAGGAGAGUAACAACUUUAUACAAAGUAACACUUUUGGCAGAUGAAAAUUGUCAGGAGGACACUAAGAAUAAAUGGUCAGUGAGGUUUUAUUGUUUCUAG